UUGAUCAUCCUUCUACACACGGUACGCGCCAAUGUGGUACCUAUAAUCGUCAGUUAACGUUUUAACGAGCGUUUGAUUCCUUUGUGUUUAUACCAAUGCAAUAACCAAAACGUAGGCACAGACAAAAGAUUUACCUGCAAUCCAAAGACAUUGCGUGCGUUAGUCAUAAAGUGGAACAACAGUGUCAGCCAGGAGAAAGUGGCAUCAAACAGCUGACCGUUGCACGCAACGCCAGUGAAAAUUUUCGCGUGUGUUGUGUCGAAUUUCAUGUAAAUGUGCCAAAAUGGGGUUCGGAACGCACAUGGAUGGCUGCGGCAACAUCAUGAAGUACAGUUUAUUCGUAGUUAACCUUAUCACUUUUGUUGGCGGCAUUAUCGCAGUCUCUUUAGGAAUAUGGAUUUUAGUGGACAGAUCUUUUGCCAACGAACUGGUGGGAACUAACCUUUACGCUGGAUCCGCAUACAUACUGGUAGUUACUGGAUUAUUGGUAGUAUUAAUCUCCUGUUUAGGAUGUUUGGGAUCAGUAAAAGAAGUCAGAUGUAUGCUAGUCAUAUAUUUUAUUUCCUUAUUCCUUAUUUUCGUUACCAUGUUAAUUGGAGGAAUCUUGGGAUACGUAUUUAGAGGUAAAGUGGAGAAAACAAUAAGGUUAGGGAUGGACAGGUCCUUAAAUGACUACGGGAGUUACAAACCAGUUACAGAUGCUUGGGAUGAGACGCAAAUUCGAUUAAAAUGUUGUGGAGUUUAUGGAUACAAAGAUUGGAAAAACCGAAUACCGGAUUCCUGCUGCAAAACGACCUCUGACGGACGACGCUUGAACUGUCAAGAUGUGGACGAUAAAAACCAUCACGUUAUAAAUACGGAAGGCUGUUUGAAUGUCACUACGGAGUUUGUGAAAAAGCAUGCGGUAAUUAUUGGUACCUCAGGAAUUGUUGUAUCGUGUUUUUUGAUCCUAGGAAUGAUUUUUUCCUGUGCUCUGUUUAAGCUUAUAGAGUAAGGGAGGAGUCGAGAAUAGUAUUGUAUUGUACAUUAAACAUAAUAAUUUACUAAGCACCAAUUUUGUUAUAUGCUGUAUAAAUGUAAAAUUCUAAAAAUCGAUAUUGGAAUAAGAAGGGGGAAACGUGUUUUGAGUUAGAAGCGAUUUCAUUUUUUUCAAAUUAUUUAUUGGUGGGUAAAAAGAAAGAAACGGACCUGUGUGAAUGUUUGUUGAAUGUUUCUAAUCUAAAUAAUUUGUACCUGCAUAAAACUGAAAAAUGUAAUAAUUUAAUUUAUUUAUUAAAAAUAUUACAACAAUAA